CGGGACACGGAAGUUAGCUUCAAAUUCUUCGACCUCGGAUCAAGAUGGCGAGUCGAGCAGCUAGCUACCGACAAUAGAUUUAAGUAUACGGUAAAACAGUGAUACAGACUCACAGCACAUUAUAGCAAAUAUUCGUGUUUUGUAAAGUCAACAAAGUACAAGUUGAGUUUGAAAUAUUGGAGUGCUAUCUGAUGUGACGAUUGAACACGUGACAGAAGAUGAACAACUGCUAUGCUAAGAUGGCGACGUCAAGUCAAAGAGAAGGUGGAAGAGAAUCAGCGCCACCAACUCCCAGCAAAUCAUCAACGGAGAAAAAGCCCCAAACUGCAGGUAACGACAUCUAUCAGAUGAUUGGUCGUCAAGAAGAGUGUCCCCCUCAGCUGCAGGGGAGGAGCUCCACUGUGAAGCAGGAGGAUUCACAGUCUAUCCACGUUAAAGAGGAAGAGGAGGAACUCUGGAUAACUAAGGAGGGAGAACGUGUUCUGAGGUCAGAGAAGGAGGAUCUCAUCAAGUUUCCACUGGCUGGUGUGUCUGUGAAGACGGAAGACCAUGAAGACAAACCACCUGUGUCCUCACAGCUUCAUCACAGUCCAAGAGAGGAGAACAGGGGGGUAGAGCUUUCAGGCAGCAGCUCAUCACAACGCAUGACAACAGAAGCUGAUGGAGACCACUGUGGAUGCUCACAAGCAGACAACCUCUUAGCUCCACAAUCACCGGAGUCCUUAUGUUUGUUGUGUCCUUCAGAUGUCCAGCAGAUGGUUGGUCAUCAAGAAGAGUGUCACCCUCAGCUGCAGGGGAGGAGCGCCACUUUGAAGCAGGAGGAUUCACAGCACCCCCACAUUAAACAGGAAGAGGAGGACCUCUGGAUCACUCAGGAGGGAGAGUGUCUACUUGGGCCACAGGAGGCUGAUCUCACCAAGUUGCCACUGACUGUUGUCUGUGUGAAAACUGAAGACCAUGAAGACAAACCACCCGAGUCCUCACAGCUUCAUCACAGUCCAAGUGAGGAGAACAGAGAGGCAGAGGCUCCAAGCAGCAGAUCAGCACAACACAUGACAACAGAAGCUGAUGGAGACCACUGUGGAGGAUCACAAGCAGACAACCUCUUAGCUCCGCUAUCAGAUAGUGACGACACAACGUCACACUCUCCUGAGGAUGAAGACUUGGACGACACCCAGGGGCCUUUGAGCAGUGAUACAGACUGGGAAGGUGAUAUGAGGACUCACACUGACAAGGAACACUAUGAAUGCUCUAAAAAGAAGACAGGUGAAAAACAUUUCACCUGCUCAGUUUGUGCUAAAAGCUUUUCUUUUAAGUGUUAUUUAACUCAACACAUGAGGACACACACAGGAGAAAAACCCUUUAGUUGUUCCAUAUGUGGUCAAGGGUUCUCUCUGAAGGCAAAUAUGGUACCACACAUGCGAACGCACACAGGAGAAAAACCUUUUAGUUGCUCAGUUUGUGGUCAAAGAUUCUCUCGAAAUGGAACUAUGGUAUUACAUAUGAGAAUGCACACAGGUGAAAAACCUUUUGGUUGUUCUGUUUGUGGUCAAAAAUUCUCUCGAAAUCGAACUUUGGUAUUACAUAUGAGAACGCACACAGGAGAAAAACCAUUUGGUUGCUCUGUUUGUGGUGUCAGUUACUCUAACAGAUCCAGUUUCACAUACCACAUGCUCAAACACACAGGAGAAAAAGCCUUUAGUUGUUCUCUUUGCUGUAAAAAAUUCUUUUUGAAAGAAUCCAUGGUAAGACACAUGAGAAUACACACAGGAAAAAAAACUUUUAGCUGCUCAGUUUGUGGUAAAAGUUAUUCUUCGAAAAAAAGUUUGAGCGCAUGCAGACACACAACAGAGAAUAUGAAAGAAAAUGAUUGUUAAACCAUUGAACUGUAAUGUCACAUGAGAAUUCACCAAGGAAGUAAUAACUGUUGUAUGAUACUAGAGUCCCUCAUAGAUUAGUAUGCUGCUGAUAACAGCUACAGAACAUUGAUUGUUUGAGGAGAACAUGGAUUUUGCUCUCAUCUUCCUUUGUUUAGACGACAAGUGACAACAAGUGUCCAUCAAUGAUCAUGAAAUUGUGUUUGUGUUGUGACAAUGUUUUUAUAAUUGUGUUGUACAUGUGUACAUAGUAGAAGUUACAAGGUCUCCUCCAAUUUAACACUUCCAUCUGCAGAGAUAGGAACUGCCCUGUGAAGCAAACAUGAGAUUAUGGAGUCUGACUAUGUUGUGUCCUUUUUUGUGACAGACUAAUUUUUCUUAUUUCUUUGUAAAUAUUGGUCCGAUUGUCUCCUGCUGAAAAAGUUCAGCUUUCAGUAGAUACAACAAUCUCAUUUUAUAUAACUAGAAGUUAAAUGAAUAGAUACUAUUUUAAAAGGCACCCGUAUCUCCAGUGGUGUGGAAAAGUGUUUGCCCUCUUCCUGAUUUUUUAUUUUUUUUUCAUGUUUGUCACACUUAAUUGUUUCAUAUCAUCUAACAAAUUUAUAUAGUAGUCAAUAACAAAUCCAAACCUACAUGGCCUUGUGUAAAAAAGUGAUUGCCCCCAGUUAAAACAUAACUGGGAUUAAUUAAGCUCUAUCAGUCUGAAAAAUGUUAUAAAGCCAUUAGAAUUAGGCCGGUGUAUUGGCAAAGUCAUUAUUUCCAUUGUAUGAAGUUUUACUUUGAUUUGGUCAAAUAAUUUUUGUGUGAACUUUUCACUUCUCACUGUUUCUUUGAACUAGCGAGAUGUGUUCAGGUCGGCCUGUCCGCGCUAUGGCUUGGCUGGCUUCUACUGAAUAGCAGGAGGAUCCACUCACUCAAGAAAGAAAAAAAAGAACGCUCCUCACUCCUGUAUCUUGCCACACUGAUAUAUGCGGCUUUGUGUCCUUUUUUUCCUUUGCACUCUUAUACCUUAUCUUUGGAAAUAAAAUAUACAAAGGCAACUGGUUUUGU